UAUUAAAAAUUUUAUAUGUGACGAGGGAAAAACAUAAAUUAAAACAAUUGUUAUCGCUCUUGACAUAGAUAAAUUUUUUUUUGUAAACCGCAAACGCCUCUGCUGCUGUUAACAGAAUCAAUGCGCUUAAAUAUUGGUAUUAGAUUGCGACGGACUCUGGGGAAUGAUUUUGCCGCAAGGCAAACUAUUUUUAACUGCUACUAUAAUUAUACGCGUAGAAAUUUUAAUACGUUCAAAAGCACCCGCGAAUCGGCCUCAGUACGUGCGCGAUCCACGAGGACCAAGAUGACCAGGUAUAAGCAGGCCUUCGAGGAUGAGGAUAGCAGUAGCAUCGGUUCCGUGGCUUUGAAUAGCGAAGGAAUCAGUACCUCGGCUACUCACAUAAAAUAUUACUCGCCAGGUGUUCUACAGGGUGCGAUAAUGUGGCGAGCACGUAGCCCCAUGGAAAAAUGUCUCUUUAUUGUUUGUGCUGGCCUCCUGCUGAUGGUAGUCGUCCUUUCGAUAAUUAUAAGCAGUAAAAAUAGUUGGGAUGACGCACAAAUCUUUCACGUAUCCAAUGGAGAAGAUGGUGCCCAUUGUUUGACAGAACAUUGUGUUACUGUUGCUGCAUCUAUUAUUAACAGUAUAGACAACUCAGUGAAUCCCUGUGAUGACUUUUAUGAAUAUGCUUGCGGAGGAUGGAUCAAAAAGAAUCCUAUACCGGAUGGGAAGAGUAUGUGGGGUACUUUUGGUAAAUUAGAGCAAGAGAAUCAGUUAAUUUUAAAGAAUGUUCUCGAGAAACCUUUAAAUGAAAUGAAAUCAGAAGCCGAGAGAAAGGCUAAGCUUUAUUAUAUUUCUUGUAUGGAUCCUGACGAGACAAUAGAAGUACUUGGGGCUAAACCCAUGCUAAAUUUAUUGAAUGACACUGGAGGCUGGAAUAUUACCGGCCAUUUUAAUAUUUCAAGCUGGUCCUUACAGAAUACCAUGCAUAUUCUACAGAAUAAAUAUAAUAUGGGUGGAUUGUUCUCUUGGGCUGUUAGUGAAGAUGAUAGAAAUAGUACUAGAUAUAUAAUACAAGUUGACCAGGGUGGCUUGACUUUGCCUACCAUAGACAACUAUUUAAAUAAGACAGAGCAUGGAAAAGUUCUUGCAGCGUAUCUAGAUUACAUGACUCAGAUUGGUGUACUUUUGGGCGGUGAAGAAAAUUCAACAAGGAAGCAGGUGCAAGCAGUUAUAGAGUUCGAAACAGAAUUAGCACAAAUUACCAUCCCGCAGGAGGAACGCAGAGAUGAAGAGAAGCUAUAUAAUUUAAUGUCACUAAGUGAUUUGCAGAAACUUGCUCCGUUUAUUUCCUGGGUAGAAUAUUUCCAAAACGCAACAGUAAACAAAAAAAUCACCAGCAAAGUAAAGAUAGUGAAUUACGCCCCUCAAUAUUUCAAAGAAUUGACAAAGCUGGUAAUACAAUACAACAAAACGACAGAGGGAAAAAUAGUACUCAACAACUAUUUGGUAUGGCAGACUGUCCGAUCGUUAACAGCCUACUUAUCAAAACCAUUUCGUGAUGCAUACAAAGGAUUAAGAAAGGCUCUAAUAGGUUCAGAAGGUCGUGAGGAACAAUGGCGCUAUUGUGUAACAGAUGCGAAUAACGUUAUGGGAUUUGCCAUAGGUGCAAUGUUUGUGCGCGAAGUGUUUCAUGGGAAAAGCAAACCAAUGGCUGAAGAGAUGAUAAAUGAGAUUCGUAAGGCGUUCACAAGAAAUUUAAAGAAUUUAACCUGGAUGGAUGCAGAGACACGAGAAUCGGCCGAGGCCAAAGCUAACGCCAUAACUGACAUGAUAGGCUUUCCAAAUUUUAUUCUGAACGCAACAGAACUCGAUGAACGUUACGAAGACCUAUUAAUAAGCAAAGAUGAAUAUUUCCUUAAUAAUAUUCGCGUAAAUCAGUACACGCUGCGACGUAAUUUGGAAAAAUUGGACCAGGUGGCUAACAAAACUACCUGGAUAAUGACGCCGCCCACUGUAAACGCCUAUUAUACGCCAACAAAAAAUCAAAUUGUAUUUCCAGCAGGAAUAUUGCAGAGUCCUUUUUACGAUAUGGAGAAUCCUAGUAGUUUAAAUUUUGGCGGCAUGGGAGUCGUGAUGGGUCACGAACUCACUCAUGCCUUCGAUGACCAAGGGAGCGAGUAUGAUCUCCAUGGAAAUCUUCAUCAAUGGUGGAACAAUGCCACCAUAGAAAGAUUCAAGAAUAGAACAGAGUGCUUUGUGGAGCAGUACAACGAUUUUGAAAUUCAAGGUCGUCACGUGAAUGGAAAGCAAACAUUAGGGGAAAAUAUAGCAGACAAUGGCGGACUAAAAGCUGCCUAUCACGCUUAUUUAUCAACGCCUAAGAGUCAUAAGGAUCAAAUGCCUUUGCCAGGACUGAAUUUGACGCAUCGUCAAUUGUUCUUUCUAAGCUUUGCUCAGGUAUGGUGUUCAGCUGUGACGUCAGAAACAAUGGGACUCCAGAUAGAAAAGGACACCCACUGUCCAGCCAAGUAUAGAGUGAUAGGACCUCUCUCAAAUCUAAACGAAUUCUCCACUGAAUUCAAUUGCCCAAAAGGUUCGAGAAUGAAUCCAAUCAGUAAGUGCGAGGUAUGGUAAUGAAUUAUCUAAAAUGAAAAAUCGAAAUGCAACGAGUAAUAGUCGGAAAGCUUGAUCCUCUGAUUGUUUGCUCGUUCGCUGUUUCUUCAUGGAAAAUUAUUUUCCGUAAUAGCUCAGCGAAUAUCGUGUACACGAGUCAUUAGUCCCGAAGGUGCUAACGCGAUCUGACCUAAAAACAAAAAGGUAUUGAUUGAUUAUAGUAUAAGGGUGCUGUUCCAUGUAUAGAAGACAGAACAGGAACGACAGAAUCGGAAAAAUAGUUUCGUGGGGGUUGAGCAAUCAUCUUCAGAAAACGGGCAGACAUUCUAACCUUAAAACUUUGAUAAAUUUUACGAAUUCCAAAUUUUCGCAUUUCAAUCUAUACAAUCUUAUAGGUAAUUAAUAUUUAAUGAUUUUUCUAACAACAUGUGUCCUUAUUAUUGAUUUUAAUGAACGAAAAAUGAGUUUUACACAUUCCGAAUUUCCGUUUUUUUCUUCUAAGUACAUGGGGAACCCGGGCAUCGUUUGACAUUUUCGGAACGAAGAUGAUUGGUCAACCCCCACUAAACUGUUUUUCCGAUUCCGUCGUUUCUGUUCUGUCUUCUAUACAUGGGACAGCACCCUGAGAGUCACACAUAUAGGACCAGUUUGAAUCGCUAUAUCUUCUUUAUACGGUGCUAAUGACGCUGAUCAAGUUGGGAACUAAUUUUGAUGAUUCGACGUAACGGAUAUAAUUAUUACUUAUUGAUUUUAAGAAUAUUAAAUAACCUGGAAGAUAUUUCUUGUUUUUCGAGGGUAUAUACAUACUUCCCACAUAGACUUGUAUGAAGGUCAUAAUAUUCAGCAAGAGUGUGUGUCGUAUGAGUGUUCACUUGACAAUGAUAUUUGCUCAAUUAAAUGAUGGCAUGGAAAUGCGACAGCAGUCGUCAAUGUUAAUUACAUGUGAUGCUUCAUUCAUCGCUCUAAAAAGAAAUAAACAAUAUUUGAUUUAUAUUCUACCAAAAUAUAAAAUAAGUAUGAAUUAAAUUGUUAUUAAUACGUCACAUUUGCUUCAAUUUAUAUCAUGCCAUGAUCAUUUAUUAACUAGCGCGCCACACGCGGCCUUGCGGCCGCAGUGGGAAGGCACGACCGCUGACAUUCACGCUUUGCGCUCACCAGCUCACCGACGCUCGCGCUUUGUAUAUUUCAAAAAUCUACAACUUUUCCAUUUAACUUUUUUUUGUAGAAUGCUUAGAUUUCAAGUUACAGCCUAAAAAGCGUUUUUAUUGUUGUAAAAACUCGAUUUUGUGCAUUUUUAAUAAACGACCAUGGCAUGAUACAAAUAUGAAGAAAAUGCGAUGUAUCAAUAAAAUUUCUUUUUCAUCGUGCUAUCAGGUAAAUUUAAACCAUAUCUACCGUAUAUUUUGGUAGAGCAUGCAUGAGAUAAUAUUUAUCUCUUUUUCAGCAUUAUGAAUGAAGCAUCACAUAUAAUCAACAUUGACGAUCGUAAUCGUAUUUUCAUGUCAGGUAAGCACGCAAUCUCUCUGAAUGUUGUGACAUUCAUACAAGUCUAUUUGGGUUAUUUGUCUUAUAGACAAGUACUUCACGUACCUCUGAGUGUCAUAGCCAAAGAAACAAAAUAAAGUUACUAUUAUAUAUAUAUAUAUAUAUAUAUAUAUAUAUAUAUAGAUUUAUUUAUUUUUAUUUUAUUAUCCGCCACGUCGAUGUCGGUGACGCUAAUAUUAUCGUUAAUACGAGACCCAGUAAUUUCUGCAGGCAGGAUAGUGUUUAAGCUUAAGAAAUUUAUUUUAUAUGUAUGACUAAGGUCUAGUUUUAACGUUUGAUCUUCAAGGAAAGUUUUAUUUAACCUAAUGAUUUAACGCUUAUGAUCGGUUAGCCCCAACGGCAUAAAUCAAUCUGAAAUGAGCUUAGUUAGGCUCAGACUUAAGGAGGUUGAUGCACUUCACACUAGACAAAUCGGUGUUAAAUUUUAGUAAUCGUUUUCGUAAAGUUUCAUGCAUUAAAUAUCGUUGGUUGAGUAUUAUUUGUGUUACAGCAUGUGCCCUUAAUUCAGAGAAAUAUUAAUGCUGAUGAAUUUGCAGAACAUUAACUAAUUAACGUUAAUUUCUGAGAAAGUGUGUUUUCAUUGUUUUUUCAAAGAAUAAUCCGUAAUUUUUUACAGUUUUUAAUGCGGGACCGCUUAUUCUUUUUCUCGAAAUACGCUCUACAAAUUGAUCGUCUAGCUAUUUGAUAGUGCUAUCUGUUUAGAAAUUACAGUUUGUUGUUUACCAGCCAAAGAUUUCUACAUAAGUAAACGGUUGUAAUUAUUAAACGGUUAACACUCAAAUAUCUAAGCGGUGAAUUCGUAAAGGAUUAUUUAGGAAACGUAAUGAGCCAUGCUUUAUAAAAAAUGGAAAAAAUUACGGAUUAUUCUUGGAAAAAAUUGAACGAACAUGUAUCUUUUCGGAAAUUUCAGUAUUAUUCAGGAAAUAUUAUUGUAAAUUCAUCGCUGAAAAUGUUUCUAUAGGUUAUGGGCAUUGUUAUAAUACAAGUUAUCCUUAUGUUCACGACGUUCAGUGCUGUAAAUCGGACAGAUUUUGGCGAACGUGCUGAUGAACUCCUGAUGCUACUAACUGAAGGAGGUAGGUAUUUCAAUAAGAAUAAACUGAAGUGAUUUCAACGUAAAAAUUAAAUAUAUUGACCAGUGAUACAAGAAGAUGAAAAGAGCAAAGGUACGUGUUGUUGGUUGCUGAGCUAGAGCAUGACUGGCCCUUUUGUCUUAAAUAAAAAGGAAAAAGAAUCUGGAUAUGGCUGAGACACACACUAAGGGACUGAGGAUGGAGAGAUAAAUUAGUGGGUGCUAUUUGUGGAAUGCAGGAAAAUUGAUAUAGCGCACAUGGGAAGAGUUUUGCGAAGGGAGUACCUGCAGAUCGUCAAUGUGCUGAGUUUCAGGAAUUGACUCUGCAAGUACAUAAGAGAUGACAGGCACUGGAAACGGGGAGACAGUGGGUGAAAGGACUAGCCACAGCCACAGGAGAGCCUCUGACGUAAUACCUUAAUACUAAUUCAUUAAUCUGUAGAACUUUGUAAAAACGAUCCAAAAUAUUUAGCAUUGAUUUGACUAGUGUAAAGUGUUUAAACCUCUUUAAGUUUAAAUGGUAAAAUUAGAUUUUAAGGAGCUCUAGUUGUAGAGAUAAAUACUUUUAAUAACAUGUAACGUAACUGUAAACAUGGCAACGUUUAAGAAUGUAACUGUCAGUAGUCGUUGCUACGUGUCAACGAUCCACUUUUCAAAAUGAACAAAAAUAAUUCAUAAGACCGGUUAUUUGUUGAUCGGUAAUGGUCAGAAGGAGAGUCAGAUUUAUGUUCCUUAUCAUUCGAUUCAUCUAUUGUGCCAGGUUAAUUAUAUAUUUGACCAAUUGUAAAAAUUUGAUAAGAUACAGAAUAUAAUCGCGUGGUUGGCAUUGUUUCUACCUUUGGGAUUGCUGUGAUGAUCCUAAUGGGUUUUACACUCUGAAGAUUUGAGAUGUUGUAGACCUUGGGAUUAUUUGAUGUUAUGAAAUGAAGUUUAUUCGAACAGUGAUUACGGUUACUCGUUCACAGCUUUUUUAUGGUUAAAUAAUAAGGCAAAUAUUUUUGCCACGAGACACGACUGCAUGGAACAUAUAGGAGUUAUGCACUUGUUCUUUUUAAAAAACAUGCGGCAUUUUGUAAUACUUAGUCAUGCAAAUGUUAUUAAAUUUUUUUUUUGUGUAAUUUGCAUAGAUUACUGGUGCAAGAAUUCGGAACGAAUUUUGAUUAUAUAUAUUGCUCUCACAAGUAUAUGUAUAUGUUACAUGCAGCCAUGAACGUAUAAAAAAUGACGUCCACUAUUGAUUCUAGUAUCGAGGUUUUUCGUUGAUUUUUUUUUCAUGAUUUUACUUUGUUUUCUUUUGUUUUGGAAUUCACUCUUUAAUUUCUCGGCUAUUCUAAACUCGAUGUAGAUAGGCCAACUAACAAAUUGCUAUACUGGCUGCGGGUUCUGCAUUUGGGUUUUUAAAUCUUAUCUUUUUGUGAAAGACAGAAAAAGAUUUAGAAUUUUUCAUUUUCUAAAGAAUCUACGACAGUCUUUUUUUAUUGAUGAAAAAGUGGGUAUUAAAUGUGAAUAGGUAUAAUAUAAUAAUAUUGCAACAUAUCAGCACGUUCGCAGAUGAAAAUAAUUAAUGAGCCAUAAGGGAGAAGCUUUUUUGAAAAUGAGAACCCGCUGCCGGAUUUUCAAAUGAUUUAUAUAGUUGUGUAUAAAAUAAGAACUAUAAGGGAAUAACGAACAGAGAUAGAACAAAGGAAAUACGGAACGAAACUGAAAAAUUUAAUGACGCGUACGAUAAUGGUACAUGGAGUUGCAUUGUCUUUUUAUUCAAAGAAGCAGUGAUAAACAAAAAAGUGAUGGAAUGAUGAAUAUAAACAAAGUAUUUAUAUUGCGCCGAUCGUACUAUCGUUUGUUAUUUGUAUUUCAUUCUCAAGUCGCCAGUCCAUUUUUGUAUCUCGACUAUUGCGCGUGCGCGUUUGUAUUGAGAUUGAAAAAUCGGUCGUUUCCAAAUGCGGUGAAAAAUAUUAUGAAAAUUUUACGCUCAUUUCUCUAUGUUGUUCUGGUAUAUUGUAUAUUACAUACAUAUAUGUUAUAUGCUUAUUAAAAUAAAGUUACACUGUCCAAUUGA